GAUGGAGGGUUUAAGGGGACACCCAACCCAAUCAAGGGAAAUGUUCGCACGUGCGAAACGAAGAACACGCAGCUGAAGAAUAAUAACACCGUGUUUUUAUCGCCUCCGCUCUCACCAAACCUCUCUCUACUUCCACUGAGCGAAAACGGAAAACGAACGAUGAAGGCUUCUCUCAAAGGCAAGUACGAUGCCGAGAAGAGCACUGGAGUUGGUUCACUCGCCUUCAACGCCGGCGAUCUUAAGCUACGCGCCACCAUAACUGAUGCUACCCUCGUCGCUGGCCCUACCUUGCACGGCCUCUCCCUCGCCGUCGAGAAGCCUGGUUUCUUCAUCGUCGAGUACAACGUCCCUAAGAAAGAUGUUAGGUUUCAGUUCAUGAACACAGUAAGGAUUGCUGAGAAACCAUUGAAUCUGACUUACAUUCAUAGCAAGGGAGAUGACCGGACGAUUGUUGAUGGAACCCUUUUGAUUGACUCUGCAAACAAACUCUCUGCUAAUUACAUGGUUGGCACAAAGAACUGUAAGCUCAAGUAUACUUACAACCAUGGAGGGAUGGCUACGUUCGAGCCGUGCUACGACUUGGCGAAAAACACGUGGGAUUUCGCGGUUUCUCGGAAAGUUUAUGGCGAUGAUGUUGUCAGGGCUACUUAUCAGACAUCAAGUAAGUUGCUUGGUAUGGAAUGGUCAAGGAACUCCAAAUCUACUGGAUCUUUCAAGGUAUGUGCAUCUGUGAAUCUGGCGGACGAAGUGAAAACGCCGAAAUUGACUGCAGAAUCAACGUGGAACCUUGAAAUC